AUGCGUCCAGUACGAUUAGCCUCUUUGGUGGCACGCUGCUGCACGCCAAUCUACAACACUCGUGAUGAGGUGCAGCGGACGGUCGCCGCGCUGGUGGAAUUGUCAUCCUAUUGUAGCAUCAGCGCUGAAGUCAGCGAGCUUUACACUCCUCUGCGAAGAAUUUUAAGUCGAGAUCCAAACUUGGCUGCACCACUUUUACUUGAACAACAAAAUGAUGCCGAACGCGGAGAUUCGUUCUUCGCAUUAGAAAAUGGUGGGAAGUCUUUGGCGUUCUUGCUACGGGCCCUUCCCUCACGAGUAAUCGGAGAUGUCGGGCAAGAACCUUCCCUAGUCCAAUCCCUCGCUCAGCAUACCAUCCGCGGUCUGGAGCAAAAUUUAUGGCCUGUUCAAGAUGUCAAAUCCCUUCUACUCGAUUUCCAAAAGAAGGGGGGGUAUGACCAUAGCCUCAUCUCCGCCGUCGAGGCAUAUGCCUCGCUCAAGCUGGCGUCGGCGACGGCGUCCGACUUUGUUGAUAUCCUUUCGAUCGCGUUUACGUUUCCGGAGUUGCGUUCAAAAGGGAGUCUACUUCGGAAAGCGUCGGUGCGUGCGCUAGAUCUUGUGAAUAAAAUAAGCGCCGAUGAGGUGGGCCGCGUGGGGGCCAUUUUCAACCGGUGCCAUCACCGCCACGACGCCCUCGCGAGUCUUUUUCAUGAGCAAAGUAACCGGGUGAUCGAGGAAAGCACCGAUGGAUCCGCCUCGCUGCAGCUUUUCGGAUUCCUCUGCCGCCACGAGGUUUCGCGUGAGUUCGCGGACACCCUCCAGUGCUUUCUUGAGCGUAUUCUAGGGGAUGCGCUGUUCGACGUGGAGUCGUUUGUGUUGCUGUGUGAGUCCCUCGCCCGGAUCCCAUCCCGCAUCCGCGCGAAGGAGAUGGCGCAGGCGAUGGAGGAUACCCUCGACUACCUCGGCGACGCGGUCGCCCAACUGCUCGCCCGACCCCGCGCCGAGGGCGGCCUUCAGGACGAGGAAUCGGUCGAGACGAUCGAGCAAAUUUUUCCUGGCGUUUCUCCGUUUGAUUCCCCCGACGGCGGCCGCCGCAGGGGCGGGGGAAAUCCACCCACGACCCCCACUCGAGGCGGCCCUGCUCGCCUGCACCACGUACCUCGACGAACGAGUUGA